UCCAAUCCUCAGUGAAUCUCUGUCUCGUCAUGAGGAAAAUUAAGGGGAGCACAGCUUCUUUCUGUGUCCUGCUUUUCACAAUUUUAUGGCUGGACGGUACUCUUGCUGCACCAUCCUACUGUGCACAAUGGCUAGCACCGUACGUGAACUCAAAUCCUUCGAGUUUGGCAUCCACGGAUAGCUCAGUGAUUGAAAAGCAAAAGUUGCUGAACCAGGCUAAGUUUCUACUCAACCAGCUGUCUUCAUCCAGUCCGACUUACUCGUACAAUGUUCCAAGUAUCGGCGCAGCCUCACCCUCAGUCGACACUUCGACUAACAGAGCACGUGAUGAUCAAGUCGCUGUCCUCUUUCAAAACUUGAUCACCCAACUUGGAACUAUCAAUUCAAACAGUGUCAGCGUAGCUAAUCAUCCAUCGGCCUCACUAGCUAUUUCUGAUGUCACGAUCAACGCUUUAACUAUUCAGUACAAUAAUGUCAAGGGCCUGGUUUCUAGUUCUAUGAAUCGAAGAAGUGCAAGGGUUGUAAAUACAGCAUUGGAUGCUCUCUACAAAACGAUCACCAAUAUUGUCACUGGACAGCUCCGUAAUGCUGAGCUACCCAACCUGUGCAGCAAAGCGAUUGUGUUGAAUAGAGAAUUGGAGGCUACUGAUGCACCGAGUAAUGUGACAGAUGCGGUAACCGAUUGGAUUACAUCAUUGACCCUGGCGUUGACUGGGCAGAGUCAAAUCUCACUUUUGGCAAUUUGCAGUACCUUGAAUGACCUGGAAACAUCGGUUGUAACAGUGGUUCAAAACGACAACUCCGAAAAGCUGCAAUACCUACUCUCGAAUUUGGUGGAAGCCGUGGUGAAGGCGGUAGUAUCUGGAGGAGGUUCUGGAUGUGAUAUCAUAGAUGUUGUGCGGCAGAAUGUUGCUAUUGUAAAACAGGCUAUUCAAGAGGACGCCAACGUCAGAGCUGGGAACAUCUAUAAUUCGAUUAUAAAUUUUGAAGAAGAACUAUACAACGUUCUGAUCCAAACGGACCCGACAGCUGUCGUGGUGAGUUCUCAGAGUCUGCCGUUCGAUACAGCCGACCUCGAAACUCUGGAAUCAGAGUAUCUUGUCGAUAUUAGCCAGUUAGCGAAAUCCAUAUUUGGUGACAAUACGAAACUCGUAAAAUUGGCGAUUCAAAUUUUCCUGAACCUUGCAAAGUCUGAAAACUCAUCGGCUGGAGAUGUGCCCACUUCCUCGGACCCAAGCAAAACCACUCUUUCAACUCUGCAAAAGGUUGACGAUCUGCUGAAAUCCGUGAAUGAGUCUUCACAGACGAAUCCAGUGGGUGCAGUUGAAAUGCUCAUCGCAAUGUUGAGCAACACGCCACAAGACGAUGUCUCAAUUAUUUUAGGCGCUUUAGAUCCUGCCCCCAGUGAUACAAGCAAUCCAGUUCCGCUCUACGACGCAACGGUCAUAGUUAGUAAUGGAGAAAACUUUAUCAUCAAAGAGCAGGUUCUGGAACUGAAAGAUUCGUGUGGAAACGUCCUCAAAAGCGUGCGCAGUGGAACGUACAAGUUCACGGACCCUAACACGAAGAUCUCGUGGUCUGGGUCGUACGGCGUUCAGAAUAUGACAGUUGAUUCUGAUGACGAUGGGAUUACUGUUUAUGAAAGAUCUGGAGUGUGCACGACGUAUCUACCACAGGCUACCUCCGAUUUGUCUACUGCACCGCGGAUUAAAAGGCGAGCACAUUACACGGUACGAGAAACUGUCGUUACGGGGACCUCUGAUGACGGGAGCCCGACGGUAAAUGACAUCGGUACAUACACUUUGACGGAUCCCGUUACUGGUGCUUUUGUAUCUGGGACCUUUGUCGUUGAAAACAGUAUAUUCAAAUUGAAUGCUGACGGUAGUAAGGAAAUAAUCAAGUCAGGAGUACUGGCUGUACAGGAUUCAGAUUCUACAUCAUCGAGUGAUGUACUUUCGACUCUUGGCAGCGGUGACUAUUCCCUGAUCAGUUAUCAUAUCUUCAACGAAUCAGAUUACAAUGGCAACCUUGGUACUGCGGUUAUCGAAAUUACAGAUCCUGAAACUGGAAAAUACGAGUCAGGGACUGCCGUGAUUCAGCAGAUGACCAGCAUAACAAAUCCUGAUGGAUCCGACGAUACGACGACAACUGCGAUAUUGUAUGUUGAUGGUGACGAGGAUGCAGUUGGAGAAAAUGUGGUAUUCAAGGAGCACACGACUUAUGUUAUGAACCCCCUCGGGCAAACUAGCCCAGUUACCACUGGUAAAUUCAAUCGAACAAAUCCCACUACUGGCGUGACAAUAUCUGAUACUUAUGUGGUUCAGAAUAUCAUAACAAUCAACCAUCUUGACGGGUCUACGGAUAUCACAAAAUUUGAUAAACUGAGUAGCAACAUUUUAGCUACAAUGAGCAGUGGUUUAUCUACUAUCACCAGCGGUUCAUCCACCACAACCAACAGUUCGUCUACCACAUCCAGCGGUUUGCCUAUUUCAACCAGCGAGUGGCCUACUACAACGAGCACUUCAUCUACUAUCACCAGCGGUUCAUCCACCACAACCAACACUUCGGCUACCACAACCAUCGAUUCACCUACCACAACGAGCAGUUCACCUACUGACACCAGCGGUUCAUCCACCACAACCAACAGUUCGUCUACCACAUCCAGCGGUUUGCCUAUUUCAACCAGCGAGUGGCCUACUACAACGAGCAGUUCACCUACUAUCACCAGCGGUUCAUCCACCACAACCAACAGUUCGGCUACCACAACCAUCGAUUCGUCUACCACAACCAUCGAUUCACCUAUCACAACGAGCAGUUCACCUACUGACACCAGCGGUUCAUCCACCACGACCAACAGUUCGGCUACCACAACCAUCGAUUCGCUUACCACAACGAGCAGUUCACCCACUAUCACCAGCGGUUCAUCCACCACAACCAACAGUUCGUCUACCACAUCCAGCGGUUUGCCUAUUUCAACCAGCGAGUGGCCUACUACAACGAGCACUUCAUCUACUAUCACCAGCGGUUCAUCCACCACAACCAACACUUCGGCUAUCACAACCAUCGAUUCACCUACCACAACGAGCAGUUCACCUACUGACACCAGCGGUUCAUCCACCACGACCAACAGUUCGGCUACCACAACCAUCGAUUCGCUUACCACAACGAGCAGUUCACCCACUAUCACCAGCGGUUCAUCCACCACAACCAACAGUUCGUCUACCACAUCCAGCGGUUUGCCUAUUUCAACCAGCGAGUGGCCUACUACAACGAGCAGUUCACCUACUAUCACCAGCGGUUCAUCCACCACAACCAACAGUUCGGCUACCACAACCAUCGAUUCGUCUACCACAACGAGCAGUUCACCUACUAUCACCAGUGAUUCAUCCACCACAACCAACAAUUCGUCUACCACAUCCAGCGGUUUGCCUAUUUCAACCAGCGAGUGGCCUACUACAACGAGCACUUCAUCUACUAUCACCAGCGGUUCAUCCACCACAACCAACACUUCGGCUACCACAACCAUCGAUUCACCUACCACAACGAGCAGUUCACCUACUGACACCAGCGGUUCAUCCACCACAACCAACAGUUCAGCUACAACAACCAUCGAUUCGCCUACCACGGCAAGCAGUUCACCUACUAUCACCAGUGGUUCAUCCACCACAACCAACAGUUCGUCUACCACAUCCAGCAGUUUGCCUAUUUCAACCAGCGAGUGGUCUACUACAACGAGCAGUUCACCUACUAUCACCAGCGGUUCAUCCACCACAACCAACAGUUCGUCUACCAUAUCCAGCGAUCCGUCUAUUUCAACCAGCGAGUGGCCUACUACAACGAGCAGUUCACCUACUAUCACCAGCGGUUCAUCCACCACAACCAACAGUUCGGCUACCACAACCAUCGAUUCGCCUACCACAACGAGCGGUUCACCUACUAUAACCAGCGAGUGGCCUACUACAACGAGUAGUUCACCUGAUAUCACUAGCGGUUCAUACAACACAACCAACAGUUCGUCUACCACAUCCAGCGGUUCGCCCAUUUCAACCAGUGAAUGGCAUACUACAACGAGCGGUUCGCCUACUAUCACCAGCAGUUCAUCCACCACAACCUACAGUUCGUCUAUUGACAAUCGUAUAGGAUCCGCCGCCGAUAACUCUACCACGUCUUUGGCGACAUUAAUCAAAACUAUAAAUCUCCUUGUGAACAUUCUUAACCCGGAGAAUUCAGUUACUCAAAGUUCUUCCACGAACAACUCAGGCCGAGUCGCUUCCGGAAAUGUGCCAGCGUCUUCGUCUGUUCCGAUUGCAAAUUCCUUAACUUCGACGAAUGAUUCUACGGUUCAUGGGGUUGAUCCUACAACUAUAAUAAUCGAUGGUGCGGCUUUUAUGUUGGACCAGCACAUGGUACCACAGUUGGAUUCCGAAGGAAACGUUGUGAACGUUACUAAAACUGGGAGGUUCAGUUUCACGGACCCUGUGACAAACGUUUUUUGGUCUGGAAAUGUUGAAGUAAACGACUAUUCGGCAACGUCGAGUUCGCCGGGCGAAAUCGACGUGGUUGAGUCGGGCACAUUUACCGUUAACUUGCCCAAUGAUGCUUUCUGCCUGACUACGAACAUCUCAGACCCAGCCAACUUUGAGAUCCAUGAUAAUGUGAGCGUAACCGUCGACGAUAGCGGAGCUUCCAUAGUGACGGAAGAUGGAACGUACACUCUGACUAAUCCCAAAACUGGUAACUCUGUGACUGGAAACUUCGUCGUGGAGACGAGCGUUUCUAAAUACAAUUCGGACGGCAGUACAGACACGAUCAAAUCCGGAAUUAUGUACGUGACCAAAUUCUGUACUAUAUCUCUCGUCGAAGAGCCCAGCCCGUUGAGUAACGGUGGAUACUUUCUAUUCGACGAUCACAUCUUUGCAACACCCGAGAGCAACGGACUGGUUGGAACGGGAGUUUACAACAUCAAGGACCCGAACACAAACGAGUAUACUGCAGGAACUUACCUGAUCCAGGAGGCCUCUAAGACUAAUAAUUCUGACGGAAGUUUGAACCUGAAGACCGCUGGCCUUAUUUACGUAAAUUCUUCGUACACCAGUACGAAUUCAAUCAGCACCGAUUCAACGCUUGCUAUCAUAAAUGGGGCACAAUUCGUGUUCGACGAUCACUUGAUUCGAGUCAAGUCCUAUUCCGGGGAGUUGAACACCAUUGGGACAGGGACUCUCACACAAACAGAUUCGGCAUCGGGCACCGUCAGGACUGGGACUUAUUCUAUUCAGUCAGCUAAGUUUAAGACAAAUUCUGACGGCAGUCAAGAUACGAUCAAAUCUGGCACGUUUAGAUACACGAAUAAUAAUAAUACCAUAUCCGAUUUAUCCCUUACUCUAGCGUCAUUACUCUCACAGUUAAGUUCCGGCUUAAAUUCGAAUUCCAGCUCAGUAAAAUCGCAAGAGCUGAUCAGUAUUCUGAAAACAGUGAAGACAGAGUUGAGUAAAAUCUCUACAGCAAGCUCGAUUUCGCAAACAGAUCGGGUGUUGGGAUCUACUUACGUAAGGCUACCGCGAUCAGACGUUGUUUCAGCGCUGAAUGGACAGAAUCUUCAGUCUGGAGAUGCUGUGGCCAUUCAGACUAACAACGGGGAUGCUCUUCUUGCCACAAUUCAGGACCUCUGCAGCCACGUGACUUUUCAUAUUACAAACUUGGCUGAUCUGGCAGAAGGAUUUGCAAACGCGAAGAGAAUUUGGACCGUGCAUGAGGACAACUUUUCGAAGCAAGAUCGCACCUUCAUCGACGCUCUUCUAGUCUUGAGUUAUGCCUUGUGAUACGUAAAAAUUGACGAUUAUUAUAAUUUGUUAUGCUAUAACUGGCAUAAGAGUUGAAACAGAAGGACAAGCUUGUAUUUUGACACGACAGACGUCUUACGUUACUGGUAUAUUGUUCCUUCUGCAGAUUAGAUAAUGAAUAAAUGUAUAUAGCUGUAAUUAAAGAAGUGUAUAUGAA